AUGAACAGAGAUCCACAGCAGCGACUCGUAAAACAGUCUUCCGAACUUGGUACCGUACCAAGAAGGUCUUGGAGUCGAAAUUGGAUCGGUAGACUUGGAGGCUCUCCAGAGAAUACAUCUUUCGGUGUAUGGGAACCACCAAACUCUCACAAACUCGUCACUUGUCCAGAUACUCUCAAACUUGUCCAACAGGGUGUCAAAAGUGAUCACCUCCUGCCUGGAUCUGAUCUGGUAUCUAGGAACAGUUCUGAUAUGAUAUCCACCACUUGCUGGGACACGAGACCGUGGAACGGAGAUGAGCCGUGGGUUCCAGUAGAAAUUAUACCGGCCAUAGACUGCUCACUGAUGGACCCGAGGUUCUGGAUGGCCAGACCCUUAGUCGCCAAAAAUUGGUUGAGCUGGUAA